AGGGAGGGAGGGAGGGAGGAAGGGAGGGAGUUCUGGGCAUUUCUGGUGGAAUUCAACGGGCAGAGAAUUCAUCUCUUUUGUUGUUAGAGAGGGAAUCCACAGAUUCUCAGGGAAAAAAGGAGAGAGGGAGAGCGAGAGCGAGAGAGAGAGAGAGAGAGAGAAUGAAUAAUUCAGUUUCGGAGCAGAGCUUCUACAUCGAAAGCGACGAGGAAGAAGAAAGAGAUGAAGAGAACGGGCUCAGCAAAGAGGGCGGCGGCGGCGGCGACGACGGGAAUGAGUCGGAUUCCUCCGCUUCCUCAGCGGAGAACCGCCACCAGAACAGGCCCAGCUCUUACAACACCUCCUGGCCUCAAAGUUACAGACAAUCCAUCGAUCUAUACAGCAGUGUACCAUCGCCGAGCAUCGGAUUCCUUGGAAGCACGCCGCUGUCGAAACUAAGCAAUUCAUUCCUUUCGUCGUCGGCACUGACAAGGAGGCACACUCCGGAGAUAUUAUCCGAUGUCGCAAAACCAUUAUUGCCAGAGCAGGUGGAGGAGCCGCCGCAGAGGCGGAGCUCUCAUGCCUUGCUCCCUCCGUUGCCGCGGAAGGCAUCAGUCCGGAAGGAUGAGAAACCGUCCAAAGGGGCCGCCCAUGAGCUGCCAACGUCUCGCCAGAGCUCUUAUGGACAAGCUGUGGUCAAUGGCAUGAACGUUCUAUGCGGAGUUGGGAUACUGUCAACACCAUAUGCAGCAAAAGAAGGAGGGUGGGCCGGCAUAUCCAUAUUGAUCGUGUUCGCGGUGUUGUCCUACUACACCGGAAUCCUGCUGCGUUACUGUCUGGAUAGCCAACCUGGGCUCGAGACUUACCCGGACAUUGGUCAAGCCGCAUUUGGUACUCUAGGACGGAUUGCCAUCUCGAUUGUUCUUUACGUGGAAUUAUAUGCAUGUUGUGUGGAGUACAUCAUAUUGGAAAGUGAUAACUUGUCGUCGCAGUUCCCACAUGCGCACCUUAGUUUGGGUGGAUAUAAUUUGGACUCGCAUCACUUAUUUGCUUUGAUGACAGCGCUCGCUGUUCUUCCCACCGUUUGGCUUCGAGACCUCAGUGUCCUCAGUUACAUCUCUGCUGGGGGAGUUGUAGCAUCCAUACUGGUUGUCCUAUGCUUGUUCUGGGCCGGACUUGUCGAUAAAGUUGGUUUCCAUGCCAAGAGCACGACAACACUGAACCUAUCCACUCUUCCUGUCGCUAUCGGUCUUUAUGGCUACUGCUACUCUGGACACGCCGUAUUUCCUAAUAUCUAUACCUCAAUGGCCAAGCCAAGUCAAUACCCAUCUGUCCUUUUAACCAGUUUUGCCAUUUGCACUGUGAUGUACGCCGGAGUGGCCAUUCUGGGGUACCUGAUGUUUGGUGAACAGACACAGUCGCAAUUUACACUCAACAUGCCCCAAGAUUCGGUUGCCUCCAAAAUAGCUGUUUGGACUACGGUGGUUAAUCCUUUCACCAAAUAUGCAUUGACCAUGUCUCCAGUAGCAAUGAGUCUGGAAGAACUAAUUCCAUCAAGUCAUGUCAAAUCUUAUGCUUACGCAAUCUUAAUAAGAACUGCCCUUGUGAUAUCGACUUUGAUCGUGGCCCUAUCAAUCCCUUUCUUUGGUCUUGUGAUGUCACUUAUUGGAUCUUUACUCACAAUGCUUGUGACCUUGAUACUUCCCUGCGCUUGUUUUCUAAGCAUCAUGAAAGGAAAGGUCACACGUUUUCAGGCGGCAUUUUGUGGCUUAAUCAUCAUAGUGGGGGUCAUUUCAUCGGCCUUCGGAACGUACUCCGCCCUUUCCAAGAUCAUCGAGGAAUUGGGCAAAAAAGGACUAUGAGAAGAGUUUUGCAGAUGGAUGGGAGACAUCUCACAAACACAUCAAAUCUGUGCUACUCUCAAUUUUGAGACACUUUUUGAGUUUGUAUUGGUACUGUUUCGGUGGGGGUAUCUUUAACUAGUUAGUGAUCCUUUAUGAACAUCUAUUUCAUCAAUAAAUUUUACAAGAGUCAUUGACAUUGCAGAGA